GAUGUAGUUGACAGUCACAUUUUAGAAGAUUACACCUCUGUAAUUACAUGAAUGAGAAAAGUGAAGUGGUUGCACAGUUUCUCUCAGUCUUUGUUUAUAGGUUUUCAGGUUGAUGUAUACUAUGGCUAGGCACUGUUGUAGGUACUAGUAAAAGCUUUAAAAAAAAAAAUGAAGUUUUUUUUCCAGGGAGCUUAAAUUCUAAUUACUAAUUUUAAUGCCCUGUUAUACCCCAUGUGGAACACAGGGAAAGUAAGGAGAUAAUCUUUGCAAUUUUUAUGCUUGGCUUUCUAUUUGUUUUUCAACUUUUUAAAGAGAUGCCUUGCUGUGCUAACCCAAGGUAGAUGUAACUCCCAGGCUCAAAGCAGUGCUCUCGCCUCAGCCUCCCUAGCAGCCAAACUACGUGCGCGCCGCCACUCCUGGCUCAGAUAUAUUCUUGGUUUCUCUUUUAUAUGGCAGUUAGCAAAGGCCACUUCUGAUAGAAGGACAGGUAUAUGUGGUGAGCGUAAACGCACAUCGAACCUAUAGGUUAAAUGGAGCUGAAGCGGAUCGCUGCAGGCAGGUGCGGGGCCUCGGUGCCCCUCCAGCGGCACCCAGGCAGCCCGGGGCGGCACUCGCGUGGGGAGAUGCAAUGCUACUCAGUUGUGAAAUCUGCAGUGCUAGCACUAGAAACCCGGAGGACGCGCGGUACGGCCAGGUUGCUUCCUCGAGGUCCUCCAGUCCCGCCCCGACCCGUCCUGUCUCUUCUUUGUCGCCGUGCGUGCCUCCGGGGGCGGGGCCUAACGUCGUGACGCACUGCGACCGCGUUGCGCCGCGGGUUUGAACGCGGUUCCCGGGGAGACCGCCGCGGGAGUGGUGCGCUAUGGAGCCGAGGGUCGUCAAACCACCGGGGCAGGAUUUCGUAGUGGAGCGUCUCAAAAGCCGCUACGGACUCGGAGGCAGCUGCCCCGAGGAGUAUGAUUUUUCAAAUUUUGAUUGCUCUAAAUGUAAGAGAAGAUCUCCAACCUCCUCAGAUGAUUUGGAUAUCUAUUCCUCUGGAGAUAAAGUUGGUUCAUCAUUAAAAUAUUAUUCUGAUGAAAGCAAGCAUUGUAGAAAACCAUUUUGCAGUUCAUUCAAGCAUGUAAAUGUGAAUUGCCUAGGUGAUGAACUGGAUUCUUUCCAUGAUUUGAAGAAACAGGAAAGAGAAGAAGAGUUAAUUGAGAAUGAUCAUAGAGUUAGUACCUCCAAAAUAACCAAGCAGUCUUUUAAAGAAAUAGAAAAAGGUAAAAUAAAUAUUUUAGAACAACCAAGUAGUAACUUUGUCAAAUUGUCAGCCAAUAGGAAUAUAAUUUGCAGAAUUUGUGACUUUUUAAGAGCAUUACAAUCUGGCAUUUUGAUACAGUGUGAAACUGCAGCACAACAGAAAUUUGCUGAGGAACUUCAAAAGCGAGAACAUUUUUUACUUGAAAGAGAACAACUGCUUUUCAGACAUGAAAAUGCCUUGAGUAAAAUUAAAGGUGUCGAAGAAGAGGUUCUAACAAGAUUUCAAAUUAUGAAAGAGCAACAUGAUGCAGAAGUUGAACACUUAACUGAAGUUCUUAAGGAAAAGAAUAGAGAAACCAAGAGACUGAAGUCCUCUUUUGAUGCAUUGAAAGAAUUGAAUGAUACCUUAAAAAAACAGUUAAAUGAAGCAAGUGAAGAAAACAGGAAGAUGGAGAUUCAGGCUAAAAGAGUUCAAGCUCGUUUAGAUAAUUUACAGAGGAAGUAUGAAUUUAUGACAAUACAGAGAUUAAAAGGAAGUUCCCAUGCUGUUCAUGAAAUGAAAAGUUUAAAACAAGAAAAAGCACCAGUUUCAAAAACUUACAAGGUACCACUUAAUGGGCAAGUUUAUGAACUUUUAACUCUCUUCAUGGACUGGAUUGCAGAUCAUCAUCUUAGCAAAGUGAAACAUGACGAAUCUGGAAUGGAUGGUAAAAAACCACAACUCAAAUUUGCUUCCCAGAAAAAUGAUAUUCAGGAAAAGUGUGUAAAGCUUUUGCCUCUGAUGACAGAGCAGCUACAGUGGAUGCCAUUUGUGAACACCAAACUUCAUGAGCCUUUUGUAAAAUUUAUAUAUUGGUCCCUAAGGCAGCUAGAUGCUGGAACACAGCACUCGACUAUGACAUCAACAUUGAGGAGAUUGGGUGAAGACAUUUUCAAAGGAGUGGUAACUAAAGGGAUCCAGGAUAGUUCUUUAGAGCAUUCUCUGGAGAAUAAACCAAAGACAGCUGCUUUCUUUAAGAGCUCCAGUUUGCCAUUGAGAUUUUUAUCAACCUUAAUUGUUCUCAAAACAGUCACUCGAGCUGAUUACCUGGCUCAGGCAUUUGAUUCUCUUUGUUUGGACUUGAAGACAGAAGAAGGAAAAACCUUGUUUUUAGAGUAUCAAGCUGUUCCAGUAAUAUUAAGUCAUCUAAGAAUAUCCAGUAAAGGACUCCUGUCUAAUGUUAUUGAUAGUUUGCUCCAGAUGACAGUGGAAUCUAAAUCCUUGCAGCCUUUCUUGGAAGCCUGUAGCAACUCUUCAUUUUUUCGUACUUGCUCUGUGCUGCUUCGAGCCCCUAAGCUUGAUCUUCAAAUACUUGAAAAACUCAGUAUUAUUUUACAGAAACUUUCCAAAAUCAAGAGUAAUAAGAAGCUCUUUGAACUUUUUACGAUUCAUCUGAUGCUUCAAGAAAUACAAAGGACAACAAACCCAGAGCAUGCCUUUCUCUGUAUUAAUCUAAAUUCAACUCUGUUCAAUUUGGGUUUAACAAAAUGUAACUCCCUGGUCUCCAGUGCAAGCCAUUAGACUGGCAUAUUUUUUUAAUAUAGUAGAUGUGGUGCUUAUUUAUAAACAUGUAAAAAUUACCAAAGUAACAACAAUUCUACCAAGUAAAGUUAUCAGUAGCAUCAUUCAUCAUGAAAAAUAAAUGAUUUUUUUGAAUUUUAAAAAUGAAAUCUGUAGAAGGUAUUGGAACUUUUGGAAUGCUUCAGUUCAAGGAAGGUAGUACUAAUGUACAAGAUGGCAUUUCUAGAAUGUAUGACACUGAUGUUACUUUUUGUAAAAUUAUAUUAGGAAAAUUCUUAAAAUUAUGUGAUGAUUUGGAAUAAAUUUGGUGCUUAUGUGAGAACA